AUGUUAUCAUCACGUGAGCGUCUGCAGGAGCGUCAAGGCCAAUACGCGGCGCCACGUCACGAGUAUUUGCAGCAACUGGUGGACGAGUUCCAGCGCUCGCCCGACAUCCUUCGGAAGGAGGAAAUCGUCGCAAACUUGGGCAACUUUGCGUACGAUCCCAUCAACUACGCGUCUCUCUGUCGUCUGCGCAUCAUGGAUCUGUUCCUCGACAUCCUGGACGCCGACCAAGAAGCCAAAGACUCGAAAGAAGAGUCCAAGUCGGCGCAACAAGGACCAGCCAUAAAAACUCUGUCUCGACAUUCACGGAGGCACAAACUGGUGGAAUUUGCACUAGGAGGCAUCUGUAACUGCGUCCCAGAUCCUCUACUACAGCAGCAAUUCAUUGACGGCGAUGGAGUGGAGAUCAUAGCGCCCUACAUCCUCGAAACUUCGCUCGAGAGCGAGCCAACGUCGUCGUCGGAGCUAAACGUGACGCUCUCCGCUCUAACGAUCGCGUAUUUCCUGUUAGACUCGAGUGCAUUCGCCGAUAUCACGUCUGAUAGAUUCAUGGCCAAAAUGCAGUCGCUCCAGAGCCAUCACACCGUCCAGAUCGCCAACACAGCGGCAGCAUUCGUCACUCGCUACCAGGAGCUCCUGGAUACGUCUCAAUAA